AUGGAUCCGUUGUUAGCAUCGGGUCGGCGUGGUGGCGGGAGCAGUAGCUCCAAGGGCAAGCUACAGUUCCGCGGAAAUGUUCCGGCUGCUGGUGUCGACACUUCCAUCCGAAGCACACGGCAAGGGAUGUUGCCUCCUUCUACCACUGGCAUUCCUCCACCGGGGACUGCGAAUGGUGGAGCUGUCCAGAAAGGUAACGGUGUCAAAAAUGGACAGAUUCAGCUUAGAGGACAAGUGCCGAUAACUUCCAAGGGAGUUCCGACAGCGAAUGGAGGCCGACAACUGGCGCGAGUGGGGGCACCGCCUUACGGCCAUCGCGCCGAUUGGGCCCCGAAAACGGUGGCAGACUUCGGCGACGGCGGAGCCUUUCCCGAGAUCUUGAUACCGCAAUAUCCUCUGAACAUGGGAAAAAGUGGCUUCGUAAAGCACGCUACGCAGUCGACGGGCGCAUCAAACUCCAAAACUAUUGCGCUACAAACCGACGCGGGUGGCAAAGUGGCCUACGAUGCGAUUGCGAGGCAGGGUCUAGCGGCAGAGAAACUAGCCGUGCAUACGAGACCAGACAGCAUGAAGGAAAAGUGGAGCAGGGCAGACGCUUUGGUACUUGAGAUAGCACUGUAACGGUUGAACUCAAACACUAAAGAUUUUUGAUGUCUCUGUUCCAAGCAAUCGAUAUUGUGCUCUUUCAACACAACAUCUCGAAGAUCUCUAUCUUGAUCGAAAGGAAGUUCUUAACACCGUCUGAUUAGGCAAGAAUGUUAGGUGGAAGGAGUUUAACACGGCUUGAUCUUCAGGCAAGAAUGUUUGUUGUAAUAAUUCAAAAUACAACAACAAAUACAAUUUGAUAAAUUUAGGUUCGACCUGACGCAGAGAUCGAUGCAGUGAACACGUCUAGGACACAGCUAGCUUUGCAGGCAUUUUUAGCGAAGAAAGUGAGUGCCGGCUCGAAGAGUUUAAACGCCGCCGCUGAAUCACAGAAAGCAAACAAGGCUAGUUUUAUCAAGUAUACACCGAACGAAGAUGCGCCAGGAUAUAACCCAGACGCAGCAAAUCGUGUUAUUAAGGUGAUGCAGAAGCCAGUCGAUCCCUUUGAGCCGCCAAAAUUCAAACACAAGAAAGUCCCGAAGGGCCCCGGUAAAAAUCGUUCCUUAACAUCUAGACCACUAGACCACUUCUUGUCAUUGUUAGUUGGAACUAGACCACUUCUUGUCAUUGUUAGUUGAUUUGGUAGGAAGUGGUGAGCGCUUUUUUGAUUCUCAUCUAUCUUCGUGUUGCUUUGUGAAAAAUGAAUGAAAUGUGAAAUAAGUCGCCUAUAAUUUUGAUGACUAUUUCAUCAUGUUCACUUGCUACUGUGUGUUUUCUCGAUAUCUGCUGCUUUGCAGGUACUCCGCCGCCGCCCCGUCAGCACAGUCCACCCCGGAAACUGACUGCGGCCGACCAGAAGGCGUGGAUCAUCCCACCUUGCGUGAGUAACUGGAAGAAUAAUCGAGGUUACACGAUUCCCCUGGAUAAGCGUAUUGCGGCAGACGGACGCAACUUGCAAGAUACGACUCUCAGUGAAGCGCACUCGGAGAUGGCUGAAUCACUCUACCAAGCAGAAAUGAAGAACAGGGAAGAAGUUCAAAUCCGAGCAAAUCUGGUAACGCUCUUACUUCCUCAUUCUUGUCUGGUCAUCGUUGUCAAUACCAAAUAAAUUUCAAUGCUCUUCUUGUAAGGUUUAACAAGAUCAAGAUUGCAUCCUGACUUUCACAAAAAAUAGGCUCGCCAGCGGAAGCUUGAGGACGCUGCAACUGCGGAGGAGGAGAUGAAGAAAGCCGCUCGGGAAGCACGGGAAGCACAGACUAAAUUAACAGGAACAACGAGACAGCGUCAGCAGGAAAGCAAGGACGAAGAGGACCGCAAAUAUCGCGAACAAAUAGCAGAAGAAAACCGUCGCGAGGUCGAGCGUCAGUUCCGUUUGGACAAAGCAGGGAAUAAACGAAGUAAGUUAACAAGUGCAAGUCUUUCUUAUUUUUUGUGAUGCUUACUAAGUGGCGUUCUGCUGAUGCGUUAUAGAUAUGAAACAGUUUUUGACAACGAAGAGGAAGCCAUAAUAUUUUGGAGUCUCGCACCCUCUGUAACUGUUCUGGGUGCCUAAGAGAUCAGUAGUACCGACAUCCGGUCUUUUAUUUGUCCUACCAAACUAAUGAGAACAAAACCUUCCUAGGUGGCCGCGAUCGCGACGCGGACCGCGAUGUUAGCGAGCGCGUUGCUCUUGGGCAGCAGGUGCAGCCGACACGACAGGAGACCCUGUACGAUACGCGGUUGAUGAACCAAGACGCUGGAAUGGAUAGCGGCUAUGGUGGGGAUGAGAAAUACCAGGUCUACGAAAAACCCUUAUUCACGGAAAGAACGGACAACACGUUCUACAAGCACGACAAGGACCGGCUCGAAGCAGGUACGAGAGGCGUCAACUUCGAGGCGCACCGCGAGGCCGAAGCCAACCGAGUGGGAGUCUCGGUGCAGUUCGAAAGAGACGAAACACACGAUGAAGAAGACGCCUUCGGAGUGGAUCGCAUGUACAAACGCGCGAAACGAGAAUAA